UGUUAUUAUUAAUUAUUAACAAGUGAAAAGGAAAAAAAGAAAAAGAGAGAGAAGAGAUAGAGAGAUGGUGAGGGGGAGAGGCAGGGAAAAUUAAGGAAAAGAAUGUGAAAAUAAAAAAAAUAUUUAUAUAUUUGCAGAAAAAGCAACAGGGGCCCACCCGAAACAAGCAAAAGCAACAAACAACGUUGUUUUAUUUUUUUUAUAUAUAUCUUUUUUGGGUUUUAUUAAUUGUGUUGUGUCGUCUAUUGGGGGUGGGUAUGAUCGGGAACAGCGGCGGAGCAGGGAGCGAGGGUGGAGCGUCGGGAUCGAACGGUGAGGGGGCGUUGAAGAAGGGGCCAUGGACGGCGACGGAGGACCAGGUUUUGAUAGAGUACGUGAGGGCGCACGGGGAGGGGAACUGGAACGCGGUUCAGAAGCAUUCUGGGCUGAACCGGUGCGGCAAGAGCUGUAGGCUCCGGUGGGCCAACCAUCUGAGGCCCAAUUUGAAGAAAGGGGCUUUCACGCCUGAUGAGGAGAGGCUCAUUCUUGAACUCCAUGCCAAGUAUGGCAACAAAUGGGCUCGCAUGGCGGCCCAGUUACCUGGAAGAACAGACAACGAAAUCAAGAACUAUUGGAACACAAGAGUGAAGAGACGCAAACGCCAAGGCCUACCUCUUUAUCCGAGUGAUAUUCAGCUAUCUCAGAACAACCCCACAACCCCACCAAGCAAUUCAAUCACACCAACAACCCCCACAACUCCCACUUUUCCAUUCCAAAACCACUCCCCAAUCCCAUUCUCCCCAACCCCACCACCACACUCCCCCUUAUCCUCUCCACUCCAAUCCAACCCGACCUUAACCUCUCCCCACCUCUUUGAGCCCCACUCCUACCCUUUCUCAAGCUCUUUCACCUUCCACCGCCCCGUCCCCGUCCUUGGGACCCCGCUCCGUUUCAAGUCCUAUCCGCAAUGCUCCUCUUCCGUGCCGCCCACGCAGUUGAGUGACGCCUCCUGUUUUCAGUUUCCGAUGAGUUUUAACCCCCCUGCUUUGUCGCAAUCCGUCGGAUCCCAGUUCGAGUCUGGCCCGAUGUGUUCGGUCAAGUCGGAGCUCCCUUCAAGCCAAUUCCCCCAAAUGCUGCAGCGGCAGCAGCAGCAGCAGCAGCAGCCCCCGAUUGCGGGUGAUGACAAAGGGGAGCAGCAGCAGCAGCAGCAGCCCCAGAUUGCGUGUGAUGACAAGGUGACUACGAGCGAGAAGAAUAGCGGAUUGUUGGAGGACCUUUUGGAGAACCUGUUGGAGGAAGCUCAGAGGUCUGUUGAGAGCUCUUCAGAAGUGGUGGCAAAGGAAGAGCCUAAAGAGCAGAUGAAUUCCUUGCCAGAAGACCUGUCGAAGCUGUUAAAUUUUUCCCCCAACACCCUGCAACAUGUCCCGCAUUGGUACAGCGAUAGCGGGGAAAUCCCCAGCAGUCAAUCCUUAGGUGUAACGAACGAUAAUAAUCUUAGUCUCGACAUGCAACAUUUAGCUUCAUUCUUCCCUGUCGCAGCCUCUGCAACAACAUCAGAAUAUGCCCAAAGUCAAACCCCUGCCUCUUGGGACACCUUUCCUGGUAUUUGCAAAGGGUGGUUCAAACAUACAUGAAUGUCAAACCGAAUAUAUUUUAAUGAAAUAAAUUGAAUUGUUUUGUUCUUUUGAGUAGUACUGAGGUGGUAUGUUUUGUUUGAUCUUUCUCUCAAUUUAGUGUUGAU